AUGAAAGUUACUUCUUUUUCUUGCCCAUCACCACCACCAUCACCCUGCAGCAGCAGCAAUCAUCACGCCAACGUUUAUCGGCUACCCUUUGAACUUUGGUUGCAUAUUCUUAGCUUCGUUUCUCCUACUGACUUGCAUCAUGUUCGUCAACUUUGUCGCAUGUUUCAAUGCGUGUGUGAUCAGCCCCAGCUAUGGAAACACUUGAAUAUUGGUCAUAACUACCAAACCUACUAUUGGCGUGUGCAUCAUAUCAAAGCGAUCGUGACGCCGCAUACAAUACGCUUCAUUCAAUCCAUCCAUAUUGAACAUGCCAGCGAUGCCAUCAUUCAUUUUCUUAUCCAAGCAUGUCCUCUGUUACAAGAUCUCACCGUUUAUGGUUGGCAUACCUUAUCUCACCAUGCCCUGAAACACCUCCACCGCCACCACCACCAUCCCAUGAUGCGCCGCUUUCGUUUGAUUGGACACAACAUCAAUGAGGAGAAAGGCCCUUUAAACUUUGCUGCUAUUGGCACCAACGCCCUUGCCCGCUUUAUCACCUCUUGUCCACAGCUUCAAGAGUUUGACCUUGUCGCCAAAGCACCUAUCCACUUGCCAUCAUUAUGCCGUGCUCUCGUUGGCACAGGAGUCACCUCAACAGCCCUGGAAUCGUUGACCUUGACAACGGCUGCCCUUCAUGGUGUCUCCCCAUCCAGUGAUUGGAGGGAGCAACUUUUACAGGCAUGUCCAAAGUUGUUACAAGUAAAACUAAUGCCAGUCCAUGGUAACAAUGGAUCACUACCACCCUUGACCAUCCUCAUGAAUAAAUAA